UAUUAGAUGCGAACGCGAUGUCACAUUUUGGGAAGCGGAGAGGCAUCUAGUUCCAAUCGUAUCAAUGAAUAACUAACUAGAUUGAAGCACUCAACUCCAUACCUAAUCAGUGGCGGGCGGGCGGCGGCGCGCGGCGGGAGGUCGCAAGCUAAGUGAGGGAGGGAAAGGCAUACCCGUUUAGUUUUAGUUAAGCCUCGAACGAACACCUGUAAUAACUCCUAUAAUUCCAUCCGCUGCUUUUGUAUUGUCUAGGAUCACGCGCAGCUCAGCUGUCGGGCGACAGUGGAGGUGAGAGAGACCAGUCGAGCUGUACGACUACCACUGCUCUGCUCGCUGGUUUAGUCCUGGUUCUUCAUCAAAGUUGCUAGCCAUUGAGUUGAGGAUGGAGGUACGAGUGCGAUAGCAAGAGAGGUAGGCGUGUCGAGGGCGGAAUGGCGGAGACGGAGUCGAGGGUACACUCAGCUUCGCUCAGCCACCACUACACACUCCGAACUAAAGACAAAAGGAGCGGCAGAAGAAUCUUUGAUGGAGGAAAAAAAAUUAUAGGCAAUAGUUAAGCAUCGACUCCUCCUCUCUCACGCCUGCCUCAGUGGUCCACGCGAGGCCAACGCACACCUCGCCCUCUUCUCACCUUUUUCCUCCUCCUUGCGCAAAAUUCUCUGCUUUGGGCCGACCAUGGAGCGCUGGGAGCCGGCGGCGGAGCAGCGGAGGAGGAGCCAGAAGGAGAGGGCGGGCGCGAAGGAGGUGGCGACGGGCGCGUACGCGAACGGGGACGAGGAGGACGGGGAGGCAGCGCCCGGCGGCGGGGUGGAGGAGGACAAGAAGCGGCGGCCGUCGAUGUCGUCGAAGAGGGGGUCGGGGAGCGGAGGGGCGUCGCCGCCUUGCUGCCAGGCCGAGAAGUGCUCGGCCGAUCUGGCGGAGGCGAAGCGGUACUACCGGCGGCACAAGGUGUGCGAGGCGCAUUCGAAGGCCGCCGUCGUCAUCGUCUCCGGGCUUCGACAGAGGUUCUGUCAGCAAUGCAGCAGAUUCCAUGAGCUAUCGGAGUUUGAUGACUCCAAGAGGAGCUGCCGUCGGCGUUUGGCCGGUCACAACGAGCGUCGCAGAAAGAGCUCCUCUGAGGGGAUCAGCUCAUCAGACGGGAGGAUCCAGACAAGUGAAUCUUCUGGUGGCCGCUUCCAGAUAUGAACAACCUCUCCAUUGAAUGGAAGCAUGCUCUCUCUCUUCUGUCAUGCUAUGUCUUUCUCUUAUCUACUACGUACGUACUGAAUGUUGCUAGAUUUCUCAGCGACAUAAACUCGCAUAAUCUAAGCACAGUAGCGUAUGAUCAGCUGGUUUGAUAAUUUUGUAUAUAAUUAUCGAUUAUCUUGUGAUGACAUAUUGAGACUUGAAGUUGUUAUAUAUUGGCGCUCUAUAUUCACCUUUUA